CUUUGACGGUUCCCCCUAUCUCCCUUGUAUGUGACAUGACAUGACAUGACAACGUGGCCAUGAACGCGACGAGCACCGGCACGCUCCGCCCGUGUCGCUUGUGUUGUCCUUAACCCCUUUCUAUACAUGCUGGCGGCUUUGUGCUUGUUUUGCUUCCCCAUGUUGCUAUACCUGUUUGGCCUUGAUGACUGUUUUCUUCGAUCACCAUUACUCUUACCAUUUCACCCCGCGCCCUUGAUCUGGCGAUUUUGCCCUUUUGUCUCAAUGCUUGAUGUCUGUCACGAAUCUGGCCCGCUGGCCAUUCUUUACCAUGCAUGGGAUGGGUGUUUAUUGGCGCAAGCGAAAAUCCCGUGUACUUGCUUAUUGAACUUGUCAAUCUUAUAUUUCUGUCAUUCCUCGUUUGGUAUCCCGAUUUCCGAUAGCAACCGCAGUAAAGUGUAGAGAUAAACAAUGGAGAAAAAAAGAGACACCUCUAACAUACGCCAAGCACCUAAUUCAAGAAUAGCCGUGAAUUCACCUGUCCUCGCCAUCUCCCAGCUCCUGUUCAUGAAGCUGGCUAUGAUCCUCAUCCGGAUGGGCACCUUUUUGCCGAUCCUGAGCCUCGGUCUCGUCUCCAGGCUGGCCCAUGA